CCUAGAAAUUUGACAUACGAGAGGCUCUAAUUCCCUUGGCCCACGUCCAAAAUUUGUCUUUUCAGUUCACGCGAUCCUCACUUACUUUACAUCCGGGUAAUCAGAACGCGCAUCGACGCACGUGGCUCCAUCUCGCGCUGUAAGCUAGGCCACUUUGCUCAACGCUAGAGCGGCGGUAGCACUUCUGUGAUACCAGCAGAGGUGUACACACAUCAGAGUAGAAAGAAAGCUGAAUCCCAAGCAUCUCUGGUCACGUGAUUGCAAGUCGGCUUGGAACUUCGACCAGAUUUUUGACGACCAAAUUCAAGCACAACUCCAUCUGAAUUACGCUAGCUUCCGAUUUCACCGCGGUGCAUAGCUCACUCGUUAGUGAACAUUCAGUACCAUGAGUUUUCGGUUUGUGGUAUAUGUGAAAACGGGGGACCAGCGGGGGGCAGGGACGGACGCCAACGUCACUAUUACGCUCCAUGACAGCAACGGUGCUAAGUCGGAAGCUGCCGAUCUUGACAACUUCUUGAGAAACGAUUUCGAGAGAGGGCAAACUGAUAAAUUCUCUCUUUCAAAAAGCAAAACCAACGCGAUUGGGCCGGUGAUCGCCAAAGUUGAGUUCUGGCGCGAUAGUUCGGGGAUUGGUUCUGAUUGGUACCUCGAGCUAAUCACUGUGGAGAACAUGACAACCGGAAAAACGUUCGAGUUUCCGGUUCUGCGCUGGAUCGAGAGUGACUUUCAUUACGUCAUCACGCACCUGGACACGUCACUUCCGCAAUUUGACGAACAGAAAGCAAUGAGAAUAAAAGAGCUCAGCAAGAAGAGAAAGGUCUACGAAUACAGUCAAAAAGCGAAAGGAAUGCCAUCGCAGAUAAAGUUGAUGCCUCCAGAUGAACAGUUUUCCUUUGAAUACAAGUGGGACAUUUUGACAACCAAAGUCCAGCUGAUUGCGACAAGCAAGAUUGUUUCCCUGUCUGCAGGAGAAUGGGACAGCCUCACAGCUCUCACGAACGUCUACACCAAAAAAAUAUUCCAUACACCAGCAGGGGCUGACCGAUGGAGCAAUGACAUCUACUUUGGUCAUCAGAGGAUCGCCAGUCUCAAUCACUCGCUCAUCAAGUUGUGUAAAAGCAUUCCAGACAAAUUAGCUGUAGAUGAUGAAAUGCUCAAGCCAUUGAUGGAAGGAGAGACGAUAGAAACAGCACUCCGCAAGAAACGCUUAUUUAUCUGUGAUUAUGAAAUUUUGAAGGAUCUUCCUCAUCGACCAAACUUGGUACUGUGUGCUCCCAUUGGCCUGUUCUUCAUCAACAGCAACAAACGUCUCGUUCCCAUAGCUAUACAACUGUUCCAGCAACCGGCACCAGACAAUCCUGUAUUCCUCCCCACAGACCCCCCCAACACAUGGGCAUUUGUUAAGAUGUGGUACAACAACAGCGAUGCAAUGUAUCAUCAGUCUCUCACCCAUCUAGGGUACACGCAUUUGCUGAUGGAAGGUGUCACCGUGGCAACACAUCGGAACCUGUCUCAGUCUCAUCCUCUCUUCAAGCUCCUUGCACCACACUUCCUCUACUUGAUAGCUAUAAACACACGUGGCCUUGAGAUGCUGGUUUCUGAAGGAGGCUGGGUGGACAAAACAAUGAACGCUGGCAUUGCUGGAAUGUUUGAGCUGAUUAAGAGAGGCCUGGAGCAGUGGAGGCUGGACGUUGAUGGAACACUCCCUGAGGAUCUACGACGCAGAGGGCUUGAUGAUCAAAGUGUUUUGCCUGGCUACCAUUUCCGUGACGAUGCUCUGUUGCUGUACAAGGCCAUCAACACUUACGCGGGCAAAUAUAUCAAGCUGUACUAUGAUUCUCCAGAGAAAAUCAGUGGAGACUGGGAACUACAGAACUGGGGCCAUGAACUGACAAACGCUCGCGAGGAAGGCGGCGUCGGAUUACUGGGAGUUCCUGGCAAUGGGAAGUUCACAACGGUAGAUCAGCUGAUUAUGGUGCUAACAACUAUCAUCUACACGUGCAGCGUGUCUCACGCGUCGACCAACUUUCCCCAGUACGAGGAGUAUGCCUUCCCCCCGAACUACCCCGGUCUCAUGAGGGGCGUGCCUCCGGUUGACAAGUCUCCGAAGGAGGAGAGUGACAUCAUCGCGGCUCUGCCUGACAAGCCCACGACCCUGGACAUCAUGACUGUCACCAAGAUCCUCAGUCAGAGGGGCACCAAGAAUCUCGGGGACUUUGAGGUCCAAUACAUCUUUGAUCCCAAGGCCAGGGACAUUGUUGAUGCUUUCCGUCAAGACUUGAAAGGAGUUAGCAAGGAAGUGAAAGACCGGAAUGAGACAAGGAAUCCCCCCUACAUCUAUCUGGACCCUGACAUUGUGCCAAACUCCAUCAGCAUCUAAUCACAGACUCUUCAUACUCUUUAACGACACAGCUUACUAUCAUGUUGUGCCCAACAGCUGGCCACAGCUAACCGUUGAUGUUGUGCCCAACAGCUGGCCACAGCUAACCGUUGAUGUUGUGCCAAACAGCUGGCCACAGCUAACAUUCAUGUUGUGCCCAACAGCUGGCCACAGCUACCCCUUCAUGUUGUGCCCAACAGCUGGCCACACCUAACCGUUGAUGUUGUGCCAAACAGCUGGCCACAGCUAACAUUCAUGUUGUGCCCAACAGCUGGCCACAGCUAACCCUUCAUGUUGAGCCCAAUACAAUGUAGCUGAGUACAGCUAAGAAUUUACAUUUCACUUUUACAAAGUCUGAUGAAAAGGGACAAUUUACUUCAGCACUACUUUCUUUGAAUUUUUCCACAAGAAUAUUUCCUCAGUAUCCUUGUGAGGGUUUUUAGAGCUAUAUGACCAUUGAAGUGGUUGUUAUACUAGUAGCACUUGUCCUGUUCACAUUUUGUGGAUGUCUACACAGCAAAUAUUUGACAUUGUUGUCCCAGCAUUUGAUCAUUACUGGAUAUAGUUGCGCCUUGUUAAUCUGGACAGUACCAUUCUCAGUAAAAAAAACAAUCAAUUAAAAAAUCCAAAUUGUCAAAAAAGUAUGACCUUGGUACAUACUGAUAAUUACCAUUAAGUUGUAAGGAAAGUAGGGUUUUGGAUUAAUGAAUUCCUGAUUAUGAAGGUUAAACUGUGUAUAUUUGUAGCAUCUGAUCUAAGCAUUGAGGCUUGUGAUUGUAAUAAUGAUCAUUACUGUCUUUAGUAAGCAUUUAUCACCAUUUUGUCAUAUAUUAUAUUUCAUCCCAUUGCACAUGCCUCUGCCAUUCCCACCAUUACGUCACCUGCGAUCUCCUAGUGCUGAUGGACCAUGCUGGAUGUCAGGUCCUGCCUUGUACCACAGACGUGUAAGGGCAAUGAUUACGGAUUAGGAGAUUAGAGAUUAACGUACUGUGUUUUUUAUGUAAAGCUAGGUUACCUGUAGUUUUUACGUAAUAGAAUUUGAAACUGAACAUGCUGCCAGAUAUGGCAGCUUUCAAGCUCUCUGUUGUCGAUAAAACAUGAUAUACAUUCUAAGUCGAUUUUUAUUGAGCUUUUUGCGCAAAAUGUAUUGGCACUUUAAAUAUUGUAGUAACCACAACUUUGUAUUUUGUAACCUAUAAUUGUACAUAUGAUUUCAAAAUGCCAACCAACAAUGAUUGAGGGAAGAACUAUUCUGUCAAUAUUAAAUUUAAUUUUCUAUUAAUAUUGAAUACAGAUAUGGUUGUUGUGAUUUGAAAUCUCUGAUUAACCCAUCCAAAUCAAAUAUUUGUCAUAUUCAUGGUAGAAUGGUAAUUGAUUUGGAAAUUGUACAUGCAAUUGAGUAGAUCGGCUUUACAUCAAUGUGCAUUGCCUUUCCUAUACUGUUUUCAACAAUAACACUAAUCAGAUAUAUAUAAUUUUGACUAAAUUCCGUUUAUGUAUCAAAUGAUAGUAAAACAAUAUUUAUGGUUGCAAAAUGUGUUUUAAUAUAGUCAAGAUCCAUGGAAAUAUGAAACAAUAAGUUAUAGCCAGCAUAUGUGUACAUUAUAUUAUAUAUAAAUAAAUAAGGAAAUAUAGAAGUUUGACAUUGUCAUUGCAUUAAAAAACAGACAAUUUUUGCAAUGUCUGCUACAUUCUUGCUUCAUGAUCCAGGUAUACCAAGUGUACUGGUAAAUAAUUUGAUGUUGAGGUGUUACGCUAUUAAUAUGUUGCUACUGAAUUGCUAAAUAUUUUUUUCAGUUACAUCAAACAUUUCUUUGAUUAUGACAUCAAGUUCUCUAUAGCCCUGUUGUAAAUAUUGAUUAAAUCAUAGCAUAAAUCUUUUUCAUAAGUCAUUCAAUAAUUGUCUAAGACAUGUAGAUUUUCUAUAUUUAUUGUGAUAAUCAUUGUUCCUUGUCAUGAAUUUCAUAUACUUUGUCAUUUUAUUCAGAUAGUUCAUUUCCCAUAUUUUACAACUUGUAAUGAAACCUGGCAGUUUCCCUGGCUACUGCUGCCAUGACAAUUUGUUCAAUUUUAUUUUAUUUUAUUCGUUAAAGAUAUGUUUUCAUGGUCGUGUAUAUAUUAAUAAUCUUUUGUGUUUUACAUGUUAAUGAGAUGUAAUGUACAUGUUUUCAUUUAUUCAUUCUUUUAUAUUUUUAUUCUUUACCUAUCACUUUGUAUGGACUUGAAGAAAGCCUUUCAAAGCUAAAGCUCUCCCGUCUUUGUUCCAUGGACAAAUACGAAGUUUCAUAAACUGUUUCUAGAACUUAAUAUAUCUAUUUAUUAUGCCACACCAUAAUAAAUGAGAUUCACCAAUCAGAGAGCAGGACUACUGACCACAUGAGCCUGUAUAUCGUCAGUAAAAAUCCAAGAUGGUUGAUACUGACAUAAUAUACUGUCAGUAACAGCCAUCUUGGAUUUUCCAACACCCACCUCACUUAUUUCACAUGGAAAUGCUGGUACCGAAAUUCCUUAUUUGUUUUGUGUUUUACUAUCAUUAAUUGUUAUGUGCAAGGACAUUAAUCCGUUUUUUCGAUCACAUUCGUGACUUUAUUGAUAAAGACUAUAGUUGAAAUUUUCAACAAGGUUUGGCCUCUAAGGUUUGAAGAGUGGUCUCCCUUUGACAUCAGCAAUGGCUGUCAGAUGCUUUGUUAGUAGCACCGAUGAGGAAAUCUCUGAUAAAAGGCAAAAUGUGCGAUAUAUGGAUACCAGAAAGUGUCAACUUUUCGGCAUAAUAAAUUUGUUAUGGUGUCUUUAGUUGCUGUAUAUGGUGUCAUAUUAGGUUAGCAGAAAAAUAUUGUGCGAGGAAGACACCAUAACUAAUGAUAUUAGCCUCAUAAUGUGUGUUCAAUUCUUUCAUUAAUUCUUUUGAUUUCUGCUAUUUUGAAAUAUGUCAUAUUCUUGUUUAUGUCGAAUGUAGAUGCAUUUUUUAUAGUAAUGUU